AUGGGCUGCCGAUCAGACCGAAGCCCGUUUCAAGCUUGCUUGCAGGAGCGAGUGAUGGGCUCGCUCCAUUGUGCUCGUAUUUGCAUGGAUGUGAUCGCAGCGGUGAUUGGUCGAUUUCGGAGCCGCCCCGCCUCCCAGCCUAGAUCUCCCCGCCUUGCAGACAGCGCAGCUCCCGGCUCGCCCCCCCCUCCACCCCCCGGAACGAAGCGGCCUGGCCGCGGGGGCGGGGCGGGGCUGGGGUCCCGCGGGCGGAGGGGGAGGGGCGGGGUACUGCACUGUGGCUUGCAAGCAGGAGGCGAGGACCUGGGCGCUGGCAGGCAGCUGGGGCUCAACCUGCAGGUGGAGGUCUCGCAGGUAGUGGAUUCUGCAACACGCACGCGAGGAGAGGUGAAGGUCCCAACGGACAGGAAAAAGAAGAUGCUGAGAGGCCAAGGGAAGCGAGGAGCCGGGUCAUCAGUCUCCAGCUGCUUAUACUGCAGAUCUGCCUGGCUCCCUAGCAUACUAGGAGCUUCUUCCCAGGGCUCCGCACACCCCGGGAGUUUUCCAGCCCUGAGGAUCCUGCAGCAGUACAUUGGAUAUGCUUCAGUAACAUCAGGAGUGGAAUCAUGGUGUGUUUAUUUUCGGGCCUAUCUCCACUACCAUCCUUGUAGCAUCCUCAAGGACAGGGCCUAGCAUAUGACAGAGAUUCGACCAAUUGUUGUCUUCCUUAACUCGUUUUUUAGCAGCUAAUUUUUAAGUGCCCACUAAAUACCUGACAUUGAUCUGAGACGGAGGAUGUAGCGGUCAAUAGGACAAAGCCCUUGCUCUCACCGAACAGGCAAAAAGGAAGGCAAUAAAUAAAGUAAAUAUAUGAAUACA